GCAUCUGUCUUAUGUUUCAUACAGUUUGUUGUUUGUUUAUAAAAAUAUUUGGCAGAAAUUUCAUUCUCGUGAUGAUUGAGAAAAAUGAUUCGGUAGCCAACAUUUUAAAUAGUAUAAUUUCAAAAAUAGAAGUAGAACUAGAGCAAAAGUCAUCGUUACGUGCAAGCCAAUCAGAACUCGAGGACGUUACAAAAUCGGAAAAAAAAUUAUCACGUGAUUCAGUGGAAGACAUAAACUGUCGUAUUUGUUAUGAUCCUAGUUCAGAAUUAUCUGUUAUAUAUCCCUGCAGGUGUAAGGGAACGAUGGGCGCGAUCCAUCUGAAAUGUUUGGAGCGAUGGUUAGAAGAGGGCAACAGGGAUAAUUGCGAAUUGUGUGGUCAUGUAUUCCGAGUGGAAAGAACACCUCGUUACAAAGCUCUCCGGUCCGUUACAGUAUGGCUGUGCCUGAAUCAAAACGAGCAUCAAAUAUAUGUCCGCAAUGUGAAGGCUGAUCUACUCAGGUGUCUUAUAGUUAUCCCCGUAACCAUUGCAUGUUCUUACGUUUGCAUAGUGGCUGCCGAUUUUUAUGCUACGAACAAUUACGAUAAUUUUCCACCGGCACGAUGGACCACCUGUUCUCUACUGUCAAUGAUGGCGCUACUAAUUUUGUCUUUUUUUGUCUGGAUUUACAUGACGCUACAAUAUCAUCAAAAAGCAUGGUUUUACUGGUGGCAGAAAACCAGCAGUGUGAAAAUCAUUGAUUUAAUGCCAGGAAAUAUCGCUUUAAGAAAUGAUAAGCGCGACGUAUCACAAGUCUGAUAAUGGAUACCGAGGAUAAUAGAGGAG